AUGGCGUCAGGACAGCAUCCAGCAGGAAUUCCAGACUGGAAUAAUCUCGAAAUCCUACACAAGAACACACUCCCAGUUCGAGCAUAUUUCCACAACUUCACCUCGGAAGACGAUGCGCUCACCUAUGAUACAAGCCGCUCAAAGACGCACAACCUUUCCGGAACAUGGAAGUUUCAGCAUGCUUAUUCCCCUUAUGAGGCCCCAGAGGGCUUUGAGUCGCCCUCCUUCGACAUCUCUAAAUGGCAUGAUAUUGUCGUUCCAGGAAUGUGGCAGUUGCAGGGCUUUGGAAAAGGACCACAAUACACCAAUGUGAUCUACCAGAUCCCUGUUGAUCCGCCAAAUGUCUCCUUCACCGAGAACGAGACUGGUUCCUACAUUAGGAAAUUUACCGUUCCCAAAGAGCUCAAGAAAGAUCAACUCCGUCUCAGGUUCGAAGGUGUUGAUGCAGCCUUCCAUGUCUGGGUCAACGGGAAAGAAGUCGGCUACUCACAAGGCAGCCGGAACCCAGAUGAGUUUGACAUCACGGAUCUAGUUGACCCAGACUCGGAGAAUACCUUGGCAGUCAGGGUAUACCAGCUUUGUGAUGGAACGUACAUUGAGGAUCAGGACCAGUGGUGGUUAAGUGGCAUUUUCCGCGAUGUGCUUCUCGUUGGUUUCCCCAAGGAAUCACGAAUCGACAAUGUGUUUGCCCAGACAAUUCUGGACUCAUCAUACACAGAUGCAGAGCUCAAGUUGAAGAUUACUACAGUCGGGUCCGGAACUCUUCAUGUCAAGCUCUUAGACGCUCAGCAGCAGGUUAUUGCUUCUACAGACACCCAAGUCCAGAGUAGCGGAACUACAGAUCUAUCCAUUCCAGUGAAAAAUCCGUUGAAAUGGACCGCGGAGUCACCCAAUCUGUAUCAAAUGGUCGUAUCUCUUAAUGGCCAGCAUAUUCCUCACCAGAUUGGCUUCCGGCAAGUAGAGAUGAAAGAUGGCCUCAUCAAGGUGAAUGGCAAGAGAGUCGUCUUCCGCGGAGUCAACCGUCAUGAACACCACCCGGCUUUUGGCCGAGCAGUCCCCUACGAGUUCAUGAAGCAAGAUCUCAUUACGAUGAAAGAACAUAACAUCAACGCUAUACGCACAUCACAUCAACUAAAUGACCCGCGUCUAUACGACCUCGCGGAUCGACUGGGAUUUUGGGUCAUCGAUGAAGCUGAUCUGGAGUGUCACGGGUUUGAAAGCAUCGCAGAUGCUGCGCUCUCCAAUGAUCAGCGGAAUCUACCUUUCCGUGAAAGACAGCUCCUCACGCGCUUGAAGGCUGCAGAGUGGACUACGAACAACCCGGAUUGGACUCAAGCGUAUGUGGAUCGCGCUGAAGCGCUUGUAAAGAGGGAUCAGCUCCAUCCCUCAAUUAUCAUCUGGAGUUUGGGUAACGAAGCAUUCUUUGGACGUAAUUUUGUGGCCAUGUACGACCACAUCAAAGCCUACGACAACAGUAGACCCAUCCACUACGAAGCAGACAUACACGCUGAUACUAUGGAUAUGUACUCACGCAUGUACCCUCCCAUUGACGAGAUUAUUGCUUUCGCUGAGGACAAGAGCAAAACAAAGCCUCUAGUCUUGUGCGAGUUCAUCCAUGCGAUGGGUAAUGGCCCUGGUAACAUCAAAGAGUACAUCGAUGCCUUCUACAAGUACCCAACUCUUCAAGGCGGGUUUGCUUGGGAAUGGGCCAACCACGGCUUGUUGAAAAAGGAUGAAGCGAGUGGCGAGGAGUACUACGCUUACGGAGGCGACUUUGGCGAAGAGGUACACGACGCAACAUUUGUUAUGGACGGUCUAGUCAACUCGGACCAUAAGCCAAACGCCGGAUUGGUCGAGUACAAGAAGGCCAUCGAGCCGGUACAACUGCUAGAGUCAAACGGGAAGAAGGCAACAUUCAUAAACCGAUACGACUUCAUCACGCUGGAUCAUCUCAGCUGCGAAUUCAAAACUUCGAGCGAGAAGGGUCCCAGUGCACAGAAGGGGUCAAUUGAGAUUCCAUCAGGGGUCGCUCCAGGUGCCACCUUCGAAGUAGACCUUCCUGAGGUAUCAGGUCAAGAAGGCGAGGUACUGCUUGAUAUUUCCUUUAAGCUCAAGGAGGACACACAAGUCUUACCAAAAGGGUUUGAGAUUGCGACGGCGGAGACUCCAGUGGUCGCUGUUGCAUCACUGCAACGACCAUCAUCCUCCAACAAACAGUUUGAUGUCACAACGUCAAAGAACACCCUUCAGAUUGCUAACUCAACGUCUACAUGGACAUUUAAUACCCUUCACGGUACCCUCACAUCAUGGGUUCAAGUAUCUACGGAAGUCAUCUCGAAAGCCCCAGAGAUCGACUUCUUCCGCGCCCCAACAGACAAUGACAUUCCACAAGAUGGCUGGGACUGGAAGGACAAGCACCUCCAUCUCACCAAACCCUCUACGCGCAAGUGUUCAUGGUCACAAGAAGGCGAAAGCCUGAAGAUCACUGUGCAUCAACGCGUCGCACCGCCCAUACUAUCAUGGUCAAUUGAAUGCAUUCUCACCUACACCUUCAAGGCCGACGGUACGCUCUCUGUCCACGUCACCGGUACUCCUAAGGGUGAAAACCUGCCUCGCACCCUUCCCCGUGCUGGUAUCGUGCUAGAAACUCCUGCACAGUUCCAGAAUGUCAAGUGGUUUGGUCGUGGGCCCGGUGAAUCCUACCGCGACAGUAAAUUGUCGCAGCCUAUUGGUCUUUACACCGCAUCCAAGGUUGACAGUCUUUGGGUGGACUAUGAAGUCCCACAGGAAAGCUCGAAUAGAACUGAUACACGCUGGCUUUCCCUUUCCAAUGGGUCUGGCGCUGGUAUAUUGGCUCAGUUUGUAGACAAAGACGACAAGAGGCGGCCAUUUGACUUCCAGGUCAGCCACUAUAGGAUGAAGGAUGUUGCUGCUGCUGGACAUCCGUUCGAACUACGCAAAAAGAAGAGGGAGGAUGUCGUGGUGAGGCUGGAUUGGCAACAUCAUGGAUUGGGCAGUGGCAGCUGCGGACCUAGGACUUUGGAUGAGUAUGCGUUGCUUUGUGAACAGUUUGAGUUCGAGGUUUUGUUGCAGGGGCUAUAG